AUGUGUUGUUUUGCAGCGGUGCCAGCGGCCCCCGUGAACGUGUCUGUGUCCCAGCUGAGGGCCGACUCCGCCCUGGUCACCUGGAGCCUGCCCCCGGGCGACACGGUCAUCGGGUACUCCCUCUCCCAACAGCCUGCAGACCCUCUGAUCCAGCCUGUAGACCCUCUGAUCCAGCCUGUAGACCCUCUGAUCCAGCCUGUAGACCCUCUGAUCCAGCCUGUAGACCCUCUGAUCCAGCCUGUAGACCCUCUGAUCCAGCCUGCAGACCCUCUGAUCCAGCCUCCUGCAGACCCUCUGAUCCAGCCUGUAGACCCUCUGAUCCAGCCUGUAGACCCUCUGAUCCAGCCUGUAGACCCUCUGAUCCAGCCUGUAGACCCUCUGAUCCAGCCUGUAGACCCUCUGAUCCAGCCUGUAGACCCUCUGAUCCAGCCUGCAGACCCUCUGAUCCAGCCUCCUGUAGACCCUCUGAUCCAGCCUGUAGACCCUCUGAUCCAGCCUGUAGACCCUCUGAUCCAGCCUGUAGACCCUCUGAUCCAGCCUGUAGACCCUCUGAUCCAGCCUGCAGACCCUCUGAUCCAGCCUAGACAGGACGGUCUGAUGCAGCGCUCCAUCCGAGAGGUCAACACGUCCAGUCACUGGUGCAUGCUCUGGGACCUGGACGAAGACACGCACUACAGUGUCCAGGUGCAAUCCGUGGGCACACAGGGCGACAGUCAGCCCAGCAGAGCCGUGCAGUUCCGAACCCUGGAGAGGAGCGACCAUUACCCUGUGGGAGUCCACGACCACCACCAUGAACCAGCGAUGGAGGGUUUGGGGAUGACGCCUCAUCUGCAGACGGGGGAACUCCUCAUCAUCACCACAGUCCUGCUGCUGUGGGCCGCCGUGAUCGCCCUGUUCUGCCGUCAGUAUGACAUCAUCAAAGACAACGACUCCAACAGCACCAAAGAGAAGAGCAAACGUCUGCGCUCCUCCUCCACCUUCUACAACGGCUCCACCGGCAGUUCCCCGCUCCACCACAACGGGGCAGUGCGGAGCAGCAGGGUGAGCUCACGCUUUUAA